UUCCCCAUUGAUUACGCGGUUUCGCAAUCUCUGCUUUGUCUUCCGCUUCUCUCUUCUCUUUCUCUUUCACUUUCUUUCUUUCUGUUACAAAUCACAGGUCACAAAGUUAAACAAACAUACGCACGCUGCAUUGAUUUGAUCACACUGCACACAAAAAAACACAACGCACCACUUCAUCCACUAACACAAGACAACAAAUCCUCCGUCCCCUUCGCACGCUGUUCCACCCUCUGUCUCCAUCACACUCAGGUAACCUUAAAACUCAAUCCCACAAAAAUAAAAAUCUGAAAUUUGAUCUGAAUUUCGCUUCCGCAAAGCGAAUCAAGCACCCAUUAUGGCAUCGAGCACAAUCCGUAAGGCGAUUGGUGUGGUGAAGGACCAAACCAGCAUCAGCAUAGCCAAAGUCGCCGGUAAUUUGGCCCCUGACCUCGAAGUCUUGGUCGUCAAAGCCACGAGCCAUGAAGAGGUUCCUGCUGAUGACAAGUACAUCAGAGAAAUCCUCACUUUGACAUCGCAUUCCAGAGGCUACAUCAGUGCUUCUCUGAUCACCAUUUCCAAGAGGCUUACAAAGACUCGUGAUUGGAUUGUGGCUGUUAAGGCUCUCAUGCUUGUUCAUAGACUCCUGGUGGAUGGCCACCCCGCGUUUGAGGAGGAGAUCGUGCAUGCCACUCGCCGAGGGACCAGGAUUCUCAACAUGUCCGAUUUCAGAGACGAGGCGCAUUCUAGUUCUUGGGAUCACGCGGGGUUCGUGAGGCUUUACGCGUUGUAUCUUGACGAGAAGGUUGAGUUUGUGGCGUAUCGGAGGAAGCUCAGAGGCGGUGUUGAAUCUGAGGAGUUCAGGGAAGAGAGAGAGGAGGAGAGUAAUAAGAGGAGUGAGGUUACUCCUGUGAGGGAAAUGAGAGCUGAGAGGGUUUUGGAAAGGUUGAAGCAUUUGCUGCGGAUGCUUGAUCGUGUCUUGGGCUGUAGGCCUAGUGGUGCUGCCAAGAACAACAGGUUGGUGCUAGUUGCGCUUUACCAGGUAGUGAGGGAUAGUUUUAAGUUGUAUAUUGAGGUUUGUGAUGUUUUGGGGGUGUUGUUGGAUCGGUUCACGGAGAUGGAGUAUGUGCAUUGUGUGAAGGCUUUUGAUUCUUAUGUGGGUGCUGCCAAGAUGAUGGAUGAGUUGGUGGGGUUCUAUGGUUGGUGUAAGGAUAUGGGGAUCGCAAGGUCUUCCGAGUACCCUGAAGUGCAGAAGAUCACUGACAAGCUUCUGGGGACACUGGAGGGUUUCUUGAAGGAGAUGAGUAACAGGCAAAAGAGCCCGGAGAGGAAAUUAGAGAUGAAGGUAAUAAUAACUGUGAAUGAGUCAGAGGCAGAGGCAGAGGCAAAUAUGAAUGAGGUGAAGGCUCUUCCAGCACCGGAAAGUGAGAGUUUUAGACCUGGAGAAGCCCCUUCAGUUGCACAGCCGAAUAAGGUGGUUGGUUCUGAAAAGGAGACAAGUGAUCUGGUGGAUCUCAGGGAUGAUGGGGUUUCAGCUGAGGAGCAAGGGAAUAAGCUGGCUUUGGCAUUGUUCUCUGGGGGUGCAACGGUGAGGGGUGAAGGUUCCUGGGAGGCGUUUCCUUCAAAUGAGGAAUCGGAAGUGAAAUCUGCAUGGGAAACAGCAGCUGCUGAAGUUGGUAAAGCAGAUUGGGAAGUGGCAUUGGUGGAGAACGGUAGCAUGUUGUCAAAGCAGAAGGGUGAAUUGGGAGGGGGGUUUGAUCCGUUGUUACUGAACGGGAUGUAUGAUCAAGGGGCAGUGAGGCAACACGUUAGCACUAGUGAGCUAAGUGGCGGCAGUGCUAGUAGCGUGGCACUGCCUGGACUCGGGAAGAGGGGCACUCCAAUUCUGGCUUUGCCUGCACCGGAUGGAACAGUUCAAGUUGUGGGAGCGCAGGAUCCGUUUGCAGCAUCGUUGUCGGUGCCGCCACCUUCAUACGUGCAAAUCGCAGACAUGGAGAGGAAGCAGCAGUUGUUUGUGCAGGAGCAACAGGUGUGGAAGCAAUAUGGGGUGGAUGGGAUGCAAGGGCAAGUGGGUUUGACUAGAGUUGGUGGUGGUGCUCCUUCUGGUUACUAUGCCACUGCACCGCAACCUAUGAUGCCUUAUGGAAUGCCUCAAUUUGGUGGAGGCUAUUAUUACCAAGCACCCUUUUAUUGAAUUCGUGUGAGGGAGGGAUUGUUUUGUGCGAUGGACACAGGGCCUUCGAACUCUAUUUUUCUUCUGUCUUUGCGUUCGGGAUAACAUAUAUGUUGAAAAACUAUUGGAAGAGUUA